CACUGAAUCGCAAUCGGUUAGCGGAUCACCCACAGUACGUCACAGCGCGCCAUGGCUAGAACCAAGCAGACUGCGCGAAAGUCAACUGGUGGAAAGGCACCUCGCAAGCAGCUGGCCACGAAGGCAGCACGGAAGUCUGCUCCCGCCACUGGAGGCAUAAAGAAACCGCAUCGCUAUAGGCCUGGCACAGUGGCUCUUCGUGAAAUUCGGCGGUACCAGAAGUCGACUGAUUUGCUGAUCCGCAAGCUACCCUUCCAGCGCUUGGUUCGUGAAAUAGCGCAGGACUUCAAGACUGACCUGCGGUUUCAGAGUUCCGCCGUGCAGGCCAUGCAAGAAGCCUCGGAAGCGUACCUUGUCGGCCUCUUCGAAGACUGCAACUUGUGUGCAAUUCACGCUAAACGCGUCACCAUAAUGCCCAAGGAUGUACAACUUGCACGGCGCAUCCGUGGAGAACGAGCAUACCCUCCCGCAGUUACUGUGUUUAAUUACACGUUCUCCUUCGUUGGCAUCAUUCAGCAAGCAGUCAAUGGCUGGCGCACCAGCACACAGUACCAAUCCGUUUCGCGGCCCCCCUGCGGUAACACAUCUCUCGCCAUGGCUCGGACCAAGCAGACCGCCCGCAAGUCUACCGGUGGCAAAGCACCUCGCAAGCAGCUAGCCACGAAGGCCGCCCGGAAGACGGCACCUGCAACUGGUGGCAUCAAGAGACCGCAUCGCUAUAGGCCUGGCACAGUGGCUCUUCGUGAAAUUCGGCGGUACCAGAAGUCGACUGACAUGUUGAUCCGCAAGCUACCGUUUCAGCGGUUGGUUCGUGAAAUCGCGCAGGACUUCAAGACCGACCUGCGGUUUCAGAGUACUGCCGUGCAGGCCCUGCAGGAAGCUUGCGAAGCGUACCUUGUUGGUCUCUUCGAAGACACCAACUUGUGUGCAAUUCAUGCUAAGCGCGUCACCAUAAUGCCCAAAGAUGUACAACUUGCACGACGCAUACGUGGGGAACGUGCCUAGUCUCUUUGCUGCCCUCCAUGGUGCUCAUCUUGUAAAUUUUUUUCCACUCGGUGCUCCAUUUAUUCAUUCCCAUGACGGUUUUAAUCUGCAAGACUUCAAAUAAAGUGCCUUGAUAUCGUGUC